CUGAUGUGACUUGUUUGGAAUUUAAAUCUUGAAAUGGAUAUUGAAUAUAAACUCCUAAGAGAAAUAGAUUGUAAACAAGGAGCUGUCCGAGCUGUACGAUUUAGUGUCGAUGGGACUUACUGUUUAACUUGUGGGUCUGAUAGAAAAUUAAAAUUAUGGAAUCCGCACAGAGGGGUUACUUUAAAAACAUACGGAGGACACGGAGACGAAGUAAUGGAUGCUUAUGCAUCUUGCGAUAGUAGUCAAAUUAUUUCUUGUGGAUUGGAUAAAUCAGUUAUUCUCUGGGAUGUAGCAACUGGGACCCCUGUUCGUCGUUUUAGAGGACAUGUAGGUCCUGUUAAUACAGUAAGAUUUAAUGAAGAAUCUUCUAUGGCUAUUUCUGGAUCAAGAGAUAACUCAGUUAUGUGUUGGGAUGUGCGUUCUAAAGUUCAGGAUCCUGUGCAAUGUUUAGGCGAAGCUAAAGAUUCUAUUUCUGGUGUCAGGGUGUCGGACCACGAAAUUCUAACAGGCUCAUUUGAUGGCAAAAUACGCAGAUACGAUAUCCGUGUUGGUGAAAUGUAUGCAGAUUAUAUGGGAGAUGCAGUCACAUGUGUUAAUUUCACACGAGAUGGUCAGUGUAUAGUGGUCAGUUGUGCAGAUGCUGUAGUCAGAUUAAUGGACAAAGAUUCGGGAGAAUUGCUUGGAGAAUUCACAGGUCACUCUGCAGAUAAUUUAUGUCUGGAAUCAAGUGUUGAUGUUCAAGAUACUCGUAUUCUCUCUGGUUCAGCCGAUGGAAAACUAUGGAUCUGGGACCUAGUUUCUCAAAAAGUAGUCGCCAAACUUUCCGGUUUUAAACCGACUAAACAUCCUCUAGUGUCCUUGAGUGUACAUCCACAGACUAAUUGUUUUUUAGCUGCGAACGGACCCACUGUCGUAAUGUGGAGCACUGAAUCUUCAGUGCAAGAAUAGUGCUUUAUAAAGAACAUUUUAAUAUGUGUAUUAUAUAUUGUUACGCUGUGGCGUUCCGCCACACGACAUAACAGUUUUAUUAUAGAAUACAACA